AGCUUUUGGCUCGGUGGAACAUGGCUGCGGGCUACCAUGGCCCUAGAGGCAGCCCUGCAGCCUACCCGGGACUGGCGUGAGUUCCGCGCAUGGAUGUCUGUCCAGCCGCCUACGCCAAGACGGGUCGCCAAGAUAGGAGAUAAUGCGCCUUUGAGCUACCGCAGCACUCUGGCGCUGGCAGGGCUCAGCAUCUCCGAUGGCGAUGACGUGAAGCCCGCCUCUAACUCCUUACACGAGUCUGCCCUCUACAAGCAGUCCAUGGCUCUGAGUCUCCCGGCGCUGGACGAGACGCGCGUGAAGUGGGAGAGGGACAGGGUCUGCCAGGCCUCCAAGUACGGAGGAAUGCAGCCCAGCACCGAGAAGGCCCGCUUCACCGUGGACCUGCCCGAGGGCCCGCAGAACCGGAAGUACUGCUACGAAGUCAAGGAGGACCUCCACAAGAGCGUCCUGGCCUCCCAGAUUGCAAAGGAAGCAGAGGAGGCCAAAGAAGAGCAAAGAGUGCAGACAAGGCGGAACUCUUUGAUGAAGAUCAAAGAGGGCACCAGCUUCAUAGCGAAUCAGGAGCCGGAGGACCCUUCACGGAAGCACCGCCUGGUGGAGAGGCUCAUCAGCAAAAACAAAUUCCAAGAAGAGAGCUUGGAGAAUAUCUGGGAGGAGAUUGAGCAGGGCUCUGUGAUCUGCGCCCGGGCGGUGGCCUUGAAGAUGAUGAAGAAAGUGGUAGUGGCGUCCGGCUGCCCUGCAAGUUUGGAGGCGCCCAUCUUCAACUUCAUGAGGAGCAAGCUCAAAGAGUAUGCGAAGGGAAAACCGGUGGAGACGAUGGACCAGGCCGGAUUCCUGGACUUCUGCCAGUUCAGCGGGCUACUGCUCGAGUACGAGACAGAGGAAGCUCCCGCGAAGCGGGCUUCCGUCGUCAUCCGGCCAGAGGAGCUUUAGGACGGAGCGGAGAA